AUGUACUAUGAUCUAAACAUCGACUGCCAAUUCAAAGAUUUCUCGGAGCUGGACUGUGUGGAUGCAAAGGGAUAUUGCAUGUCAAUGUCGCCAAAGGAGAAUUACAGAAGCAUAUCCCCGUUUCCUGUUCCAGCUCUCGAGAAGCCUAUCUACACAAGAAUCAACAUUGAAUAUCAAAACAGACUGGACCAGUCCAUAAUGAAUAGCUUGAGAAAGUUUGAUAUAGUAUGCAUACAGAAUGUUGAUAGCGCCAACAUCUCAUCGGUCAUAAAGUUAGAUCCUGAUGUUAUUGGUCUCAAGAUUGACGAAGUUAGGCAUAUUAAAAAGUCUUUUAUCAACACACUCAAAGAGAAAAAACUGUACAUUGAAAUAUGCAUUAGAGAUGCGCUUUACGGCUCAAGGGAGAAGAUAUUGUGGAUGAACUCCUUGAGAAGACUGCUGAAACUUGGAUGCGCUAGGAUUUUAGUGGUUUCAACAGGUGCUCAAAUUUUCACAGAGUUAAAAACUAGCAACGACAUCUGCAAAAUUUUGAAUGUGUUUGGACUAAGUGAUGAUAAUGUCAAGAAGAUUUUAAGAAACUCAGAGGACGUGCUAAGAAGCGCAGCUUUGAAGAGAUAUUCGUCUCGAAAUGCAAUAGUAACCAAUGAAAAUGAAGGCAAGCUAAAAGAAGACUUUAUCAUUAAUUACAAAAAACGCGAGUCGUUGUAA